AAUAAUUUGAAAGUGUUUGAUGGUGUAGUGGUAAUCGGCACUCCUGAAAACUGCGAGGCAGGGGGUGCUGUGCUUUUGUUGAAGUGAAAAUAUUUGGUGCGUUUCUUUCAGAGUGCGUUUUGGUUUACCUGCAGCGACUAGUUUUCUCAAAUUGCUUUUCUUUUUUCAACUCGAACGAAUUUUGCAGUGCGAUGUUUAGUCUAGUUUAUACUACUUCGAGAGUAUGCCAGAUAAGUCGUAUUUGGCCUACGUAAAUGUAAGCAAAUUUCAGACAGCCUGAAUCAAAUCUUUGCCAAAUCUGCAUCUUCCACACCCGAGCGAGGAGUCACGUAAAAGUUUUUUCCCCUCCCUUCUUCUGGAGAAUACGUUCUGUUUGGCACAACACUGUUCGGAUGUUAUGUAAUUGCUGAUACGCAGUUUCAAAUGAAAUCAGAGAAAAUCGUCGUCAGUGGGCUAAAUACAGCAGCCGCUCACAAGUUCCAGCAGUCCAGUUGCUGGUGGAGUGGAUGUUCCAGUGUUGCUUUGAGUAGCACAUUUGUCACAAAAAAGAUGGCGCCAAAGUUGGAUGAUGUGACAUUUUUCAAUGGGCAUAAAAUGCCUAUUGUUGGCCUAGGAACCUGGCAGUCUUCCAAGGGUGAAGUUGGGCAAGCUGUAGAUGUUGCCUUGGAAACCGGCUACAGGCACAUCGAUACAGCUUAUGUAUAUGGAAAUGAAGCAGAAAUAGGGCAAGCUUUAAAGAAAUGGUUUGACUCUGGGAAACUGAAGCGUGAAGACCUUUUUAUUGUGACUAAGCUUCCACCUGUCGGAAAUCGUGCGGAGUCUGUAGAAAAGUAUCUAAAGAAAUCUCUGGAGAAUCUGCAGUUGAGUUAUGUCGACUUGUACCUGAUACACCACCCUGUGGGCUUCCAGGAUGUGGGUGGUGAUACUUUCCCUAGAGACAAGGAUGGGAAAGUUCUCUUGGAUAUGAAUACUGACCUCAUCAGCCUAUGGAAGGCAAUGGAAGCUCAAGUAGACGCCGGUCGAACCCGUUCGAUCGGACUGUCAAAUUUCAGCUCUAGUCAGAUCAAGCGCAUCUGGCAGGCCGCCCGUAUCAAGCCUGCCAACCUCCAGGUGGAGCUGCACGUCUAUUUCCAGCAGCGGGAGCUGGCAGCCUUUUGCAAAGCGCUCGACGUGACGGUCUGUGCGUACGCUCCCUUGGGCUCUCCGCAGAUGGCCAACCUAGUCCGUGCGAGAGGAGGUGAUGUCAGCAAGAUAGUAAGCUUGAGCCCCAUGACGGAUCCAGUAGUGUCACGUAUUGCAGAGAAGUACAAGAAGACGACUGCCCAAGUAUUGCUGCGGCACAUCAUGCAGCGAGGCAUUGUGGUCAUCCCGAAAAGUGUCAAUCCUGACCGCAUAAAGCAGAACUUUGAUGUUUUUGACUUUGAACUGACGCAAGAAGAUAUGGAUGAACUAGAUGCUCUUGACAAAGGACCAAAGGGCCGAAUGUUUAACGAUGUUAUCGCACCAGAACGAGCCAAACAUCCUGAGUAUCCUUAUCAUGAAAGAUACUGAUACGUCAGUACUUGCAAAAGGUACUAUCAGAAGCCUUUAACAGGGAAAUCUGGAGAAAUGCCUGGUGGUGUGUGUGGGGGAGGGGGUCUCCAUUUUUGUGAUUGCCGUCUUUCCUGCAAAAAUUUGUAACAGUCCUUUUAUUAAUACUUUCGUAUAUAAAUAUGUAUAUAUUCUUUCAGAAAAAAUUACAAGCUUAUAUUUUUGGCAA